AUGCUACAGUGCCCAGCAGGUGAGGACUGCUGCAGCGGCGCUUGCACCAACCUCCAGAACACUCCCGGUAACUGCGGUACUUGUGGAAACACCUGCGCUGCUGAAUCCACCUGCUUAUCGGGCGCCUGCAUAUGCACGACCUUCGAAGGUUUCCAGCCGCAGGCCACAUUCCCCGUGGAGGGCAGUCCGCGGAGUGUCGCAGUGGGCGACUUCAACGAAGAUGGCAAUCUCGAUAUCGUAACUGCGAAUCAGUUCGGUAAUACAGUGAGCGUCUUGCUCGGAACUGGAGCAGGGAGCUUCCAGCCGCAGGCAACAUUCCCCGUGGGGAACAGUCCGUUCAGUGUCGCAGUGGGCGACUUCAACGAAGAUGGCAAUCUCGAUAUCGUGGCUGCCAAUAUCAACGGUAAUUCAGUGAGUGUCUUGCGUGGUGAUGGAUUGGGGGGCUUCCAGCCGCAGGCAACAUUCCCCGUGGGGAACAGUCCGGCCAGUGUCGCAGUGGGCGACUUCAACGAAGAUGGCAAUCUCGAUAUCGUGACUGCCAAUGUCGUCGGUUCGGUGAGUGUCUUGCUUGGAGAUGGAUUGGGGAGCUUUCAGCCACAGGCCACAUUCCCCGUGGGGACCAAUCCGUAUAGUGUCGCAGUGGGCGACUUCAACGAAGAUGGCAAUCUCGAUAUCGUAACUGCGAAUCAGUUCGGUAAUACAGUGAGCGUCUUGCUCGGAACUGGAGCAGGGAGCUUCCAGCCGCAGGCAACAUUCCCCGUGGGGAACAGUCCGCGGAGUGUCGCAGUGGGCGACUUCAACGAAGAUGGCAAUCUCGAUAUCGUGACUGCCAAUGUCGGCGGCAGUUCAGUGAGCGUCUUGCUUGGAGAUGGAUUGGGGAGCUUCCAGCCGCAGGCAACAUUCCCCGUGGGGUUCAAUCCGUUCAGUGUCGCAGUGGGCGACUUCAACGAAGAUGGCAAUCUCGAUAUCGUGGUUGCCAAUGCCGGCAGCAGUUCAGUGAGUGUCUUGCUUGGAGAUGGAUUGGGCAGCUUUCAGCCGCAGGCCACAUUCCCCGUGGGGACCGGUCCGGUCAGUGUCGCAGUGGGCGACUUCAGCGAAGAUGGCAAUCUCGAUAUCGUGACUGCGAAUUUCAACGACAACACAGUGAGCGUCUUGCUUGGGAAGCCUUGCGAUGCUUAA